GUGGGAAUGAUGGAUUUUGCUUUAUGUAUCUCAAUAUAUCCUUCUUUCUUCUUUCCUUCUUUCCUCUCCAGGUUACCUGUGCGAAUUUAACGAAUGGAGGAAAAACAGAACUUCUAAAAUCAGGAAGCUCCAAAUCCACACUAAAGCAUAUAUGGACAGAAAGUAGCAAAGACUUGUCCAUCAGCCGACUGCUGUCACAGACUUUUCGUGGAAAGGAAAACGAUACAGAUUUGGACCUGCGUUAUGACGCCCCAGAAACUUACUCUGAGCAAGAUCUCUGGGACUGGCUGAGGAACUCCACAGACUUGCAAGAGCCUCGGCCCAGAGCAAAGAGACGGCCCAUUGUCAAGACUGGGAAAUUUAAGAAAAUGUUUGGCUGGGGUGAUUUUCAUUCCAACAUCAAGACUGUGAAGCUGAAUCUGUUAAUAACGGGGAAAAUUGUUGACCAUGGCAAUGGGACGUUUAGUGUUUACUUCAGGCAUAACUCCACUGGUCAAGGGAAUGUAUCUGUGAGCCUAGUGCCCCCUACAAAAAUAGUGGAAUUUGACUUGGCACAACAGACAGUGAUUGAUGCCAAAGAUUCCAAGUCCUUUAACUGUCGGAUCGAGUACGAGAAGGUUGACAAGGCUACCAAGAACACGCUCUGCAACUAUGACCCUUCAAAAACCUGUUAUCAGGAGCAGACCCAGAGCCACGUGUCAUGGCUCUGCUCCAAGCCCUUUAAAGUAAUCUGUAUUUACAUUUCCUUUUAUAGUACAGAUUAUAAACUAGUACAGAAGGUGUGUCCUGAUUACAACUACCACAGUGACACACCCUACUUUCCAUCAGGGUGAGGACCAACACGUGUCUGAGACUGAAGCCUGGGGAAUAAAAGAGGUCGUGUGACGGGGCUGUAACCUCAAGGAGGAAGGCCACAUCUAUUGCCUGGAAUGUGUCUACCUGCUGCUGCUGAUGUCAAAUGGCUGCAAAUAUGUUAGUGGAAAACAAUCUAAUGUAAUUUUUGCCCAGUCAGCUCCAUGUAUCAAUCUAGUUGUAAAUCACUCUGGAUUUGAAAUAAAACCAUGCACAUACACAGAGACGCACACUCUUUUCAGCUCACACCUACUGAGAUUCCUGUUAAGAGAGCUUUCAUUGUCUGAUAUCUAAGGUUUCAGGAUAAACUAUCAUCAAGCAUAAUGGAUUAACUAGACAGAGAACGGUUUCUAACGCAGACUGUUACGGAAAUCUCUUUGAAAGUCCUUUGAGUACACGCCAAUCAAUAACCCCCACUCAUGCAUUCUACUGCUUGGAGUAGCUGUACUGGUAAAUAAUACUGUAGGAGUAAAUACUUGUUAAAAUGGGACAAAUGUGUGUCUAGAGUUCAGUAUUCCUUAUUAUAUGAGCACAGCAAAGCAUUGUGACUUUUUUUCCAGCAUACAGUAGGCACAUUCGAGGUGGUGUUAGGUGGCUCUUUUUCCAUGGAGCAAGCCUGUUACUAGUAAAGAUGGGCAAGCAUUUGGAAUUUACAUGUGGGGCAGACAUUCUGGUUUCAUGUUUCUCUGACUGUUUAAGCUCUGAUUCUUUUAAACCUGGUUGAGUUUAGGCCAGCUAAGCUACUUGAAAACUCUCCAACUGAUCUCUAAGGAGGAAAAUGCCUGGCGGAGAACAUGUAAGUUAUAAGUGGCUGUCUUAUCUUUAUUACAAAAUAUUGUAACAAAUUCAAUAUCCUAGUCUUCAUUUGUAUGAAUGGUUUGUAUUGUACAUAAUUUAACCGGUGUUAUUUGAGCUGCUUAUUAAUAUUAACUUGUAAUUGUCUCUCUGCUUGUUAUUGGUUAAAAACAAUCAAGGAAAUGAGGAAUCCAUUUUAUCAAUGUAGCUGUAAACUCCAUUAAAAGACAGAACUAUGUACAAAGCAUUUAUUCAGCUUAAGUAUCGUUGAAAGCUAUACAUAUACAACAUUACAGUCUGUCUGUAUUUAGAUAUUUUAUUUCCAGAGGAAAAAAAUGAACUGUACAUAAAAAUAAAAAAUCUUAAAGUUGAGUUUCAA